UGCUGGGCGGGCAAGCAGGCGAGCCGGCUGGGUGUGGUCGGCGGCUCCGGUCUCAGUGGUCCGCUGUGACUGCAACCCCGAAUCCGCGCUCGAAGGGCGGCCGAGCGCCCGCGGACCCAGGCAGCUCCUCCAGAAGUUACUUUACUUCACAAAUCCGGAGAAACACAGAUUCAAAACAUGAGUGAACUAGAACAGUUAAGGCAAGAGGCCGAACAGCUACGGAAUCAGAUUCAGGAUGCUAGGAAAGCAUGUAAUGAUGCCACACUUGUGCAGAUCGCAUCAAACAUGGACUCCGUGGGGCGAAUACAAAUGCGAACAAGACGCACUCUGCGAGGCCACCUAGCUAAAAUCUAUGCUAUGCAUUGGGGAUAUGAUUCAAGGCUAUUAGUCAGUGCUUCCCAAGAUGGAAAAUUAAUUAUUUGGGAUAGCUAUACAACAAAUAAGAUGCAUGCCAUUCCUCUGAGGUCCUCCUGGGUGAUGACUUGUGCCUAUGCCCCUUCUGGUAACUAUGUUGCUUGUGGAGGCUUGGACAACAUCUGCUCUAUAUACAACUUAAAAACAAGAGAAGGGAACGUGAGAGUUAGUCGAGAGCUGCCUGGUCACACAGGCUACUUGUCCUGCUGUCGAUUUUUAGAUGAUAGCCAAAUUGUUACAAGUUCAGGAGAUACAACUUGUGCUUUGUGGGAUAUCGAAACUGCCCAGCAGACCACCACAUUCACGGGGCAUUCUGGAGAUGUGAUGAGUCUUUCCCUGAGUCCUGACAUGAGGACUUUCAUUUCUGGUGCUUGUGAUGCUUCUUCCAAAUUAUGGGAUAUUAGAGAUGGAAUGUGUAGACAGUCUUUCACAGGACACGCCUCGGAUAUUAAUGCUGUCAGUUUUUUCCCAAAUGGAUAUGCCUUGGCCACCGGCUCUGAUGAUGCUACUUGUCGACUUUUUGACCUCCGUGCAGACCAAGAGUUGUUAUUGUAUUCUCAUGACAAUAUCAUCUGUGGGAUCACUUCUGUUGCCUUCUCAAAAAGUGGGCGCCUCCUGCUAGCUGGUUAUGAUGACUUUAAUUGUAAUGUGUGGGACACGCUAAAAGGUGAUCGUGCAGGUGUUCUUGCUGGUCAUGACAACCGUGUCAGCUGUUUAGGUGUAACUGACGAUGGCAUGGCUGUGGCAACAGGAUCUUGGGAUAGUUUUCUGAGAAUCUGGAAUUAAAUGUGUCAUAUGUAUUUUUUGUUCUUCAUUGAUAUCUGAAGAAGUCAAUGCUGCAGCCUAGAGCUGUGAAAAAAAUUCUACCUUAUAUUUGCAGGUGAAGAUUUUUUUCUACUGAGAUUAUUAAAUGUAAAAAGGAACUUUCAGUGAACUAC